AUGAACCCAUUCCCGCUACAACAUGUUCCUUUCUCGUCGCAGGGAACACCUUCAUCGUCACUACUGACGACUAUCGAACAUUACCCGAAGAUCUUUGGUUAUUGCGUAGCACUGGCGUCUGGUAUUCUGCUCUAUGGGUAUGAUUUAGUUAUCGUGGGAAAUGUUUCCGCUAUGCCUGAGUUCCAACGCGAUUUCGGCCGCCGAUUGAACGGCGCACUCAUCAUCCCGUCUUUUUGGCUGAGCCUAUGGGACGUGGCUAGCCCCCUUGGCGGUCUCUUUGGCGCUAUAGCCGCAGGGCAGUUACAAGAUCGUGCCGGACGUCGCUUUUGCUUAGCCUUUGCAGCUAUAUUGUCGGUAGCUGCAGUCGCAGUCGCGUAUGUAUCGAACAUCCCGAACGAUAUAGACGCCCGCCGAGCAGUCUUUCUGAUCGCAAAGCUUGUGCAAGGUCUCGCUGUUCAUAUGAUCACAUGCACAACCCAAACAUAUAUGUCUGAGAUCUUGCCUCCCGUGCUGCGAGGCCCCUUGCUGGCCUUCUUUCCGAUAUUCAUCCUCCUGGGUCCAUGGAUGGGCAGUGUAGUAGUGUACAAGUCUCUAGAUAUUGCGGGAAGCCGGGGAUAUAAGAAUUGCUUCAUCUCCCAGUGGCCGUUCUCCGCAUUGUCUCUGCUACUCAUUCGAAAAGAUCGAAUAAAUGCCGCUCACAAAUCAUUGCGACGACUUGAUGCCGGCCGUAUCGAGUUGCAAAACCGUUUCGAGCAACUACGGUCAUUCAUUGAAAAAGAGGAUCGAGACGCAGCAAGCAAGGCGAUUGGGUACCGUGACUGCUUCAGAGGCGUCGACCGGCGGCGUACCAUGAUUGUCCUGUUUGCAAACCUCAUCCCUUCAUUUUUCGGUCUACCCUUAUUAUCUAAGACUAAGUAUUUUCUGCAGUUAGUCGGCAUGGAGCACCACAGGAGCUUUCUCAUGCAGACCUUGUCUAGAUUUGGCCGUGUGCCUUUGAUUACUGUCAGCUUAAGCGUCUCGACCCUCGCUUGGAUGGGUAUGGGGAUUGCCGACUGCUUUCCAGGAACGAUUAGCGUUUGGUACACGGGAAUCAUACUAGUCACGGUAAUCGCGGCCUGCGGUAUUGGUGCAUGGCCAGCAUCCUACGCUGUCGGUGGAGAGGCAUCGUCUCUGCGGCUUCGGGCCAAGUCCCAAGGUUUGGGCUGGUUCGUUUCCGGACUCACCAGCGUCGAUUUCAACCUCAUUUUACCGUACAUCUUCAACCCUGAUCGGGGGGCCCUACGCGGUAAGACCGGGUUUGUAUGUGCGGGCUUCUCGGCCAUUGCCCUCGUGGGAGCAUGGCUUUACGUGCCAAAGAUGAAAGAUCGGACGCCUAGCGAGAUUGACGAUAUGUUUGAAGCAGUCGUACCUGCACGGCAGUUCAGGAUGUGGUCCCUACUGAUUGCUGAUCCACUUUCUUCGGAUCGUUCCCCACAAGCAUGACUAGCCGACGCAGGCAACCAAUCCACCGGCGCGUCAGUCGAGUACGAAAUUUGUUCAGCCCGAGCUGUUCCUGGGUGAGAGCCUUUUAGGAGCAGAUCGACAGAAAGCCCACUCGAUGGAUCUUCUUCUCGGCUCGAGCCAGAAUGCACGGCUAAGGACAGCCUUAGAGAAAGACGCGCCAAGCCAUGGCAGCCUGUAGUACAGCAGUUUUAGAGGUUGGAAGAACGAUCUGAAGGCCAUUUGCGAAGACGUAUGGAACAAAGGAAUAUGAAACGGUCACACAGAACCAUAAUCAACGGCUGUCAGAACAAACCCACUUAAGCAAAACCCGUAUGAUCAUGAGCUACAAAAUGUCAUUUGACAUGUGUCAUUUCGUAAUUUG